AUGUCCUCACAAAACCAUUCCGCAGAGCAAGAGUCCAGCGAAACCCCUCCUGGAGCAAUCGACCUUGCAGCCCUCUCUGCACCACAACUCCGCGCCCUCCAAGCCCGCCUAAGCUCAGAGCUAGAACAUCUCACAAGCUCCCACGCAAAGUUACGAAACGCACAGUCGAAGUUCCGCGAUUGCAUCCGCUCGAUAAACGAUGGUGUAGCAGCCCCUAGCGGUGCGGGCUACAGCGGGGGCAAUAAAAGCGUUUCUGCGGAAAAGAGCGAUGAAAUUUUGGUUCCCUUGACCAACUCGUUGUAUGUUAAGGGGAGAUUAGCGGAUAGGAAAAAUGUGAUUGUAGAUGUUGGGACGGGGUUUUUUGUGGAGAAGACGACCUCGAAGGCAAUCGAAUUCUACAAUGGCAAGGUUGGCGAGCUAGGUACGAACUUACGAGAGUUGGAGAAGGUCGUUCAAGCGAAGAGCCAAAAUCUACGCGUUAUUGAGGACGUCCUCCGUCAGAAACUCCUUAGUGAAGCUACAGCAGGCCCCUCUGGCGCAGGAGGUGGUGGUAACUCCUAA